AUGAUUCAUCUGGGAGUUAUCACUACCCCCAGUGCCUGGGCAGAGGAGUUUGUGGAGAAGAGGAGGGCUUCUCACCAACGCUCAGCCUCCUGGGGAAGCACUGACCAACUGAAAGAGAUUGCCAAGCUGAGGCAGCAGCUCCAGCGCAGUAAGCACAGCAGCCGUCACCAUAGAGACAAGGAACGCAAAUCACCAUUCAAUGGGAACCAUGCUGCUCUCUACCAGGCUCCAAUCCCAAAGACUGUCCUGAUUCCCAUCAAGUCCUCUGUGUCUCGGUUCCGGAACAGUGUGGAAGGGCUGAACCAAGAAAUAGAGAGGAUCAUCAUCUGUGACGCAGGAGAGAGGGACGACACCCACCAUGUCCCCGACGGACGCCGUGCCCCCCCACCGCUGUCCCAACGCCCCUCCUCUCCUUCAAUCAUAUCACAGUGCUACAGUAGCUCUGCUUUCCGCAGCAUCAACACCCAGACACCCCAGGGUGGGAGAGGGGCCUGUGGAGGUAACGGCAGCCGCUCAGAGUCUGUCUCCCCCUCCUUCCUGACUGUCCCCACCGACACGGAGAUGACGGGGGAGAGAGGGGGAUACGGAGUGGGAGAGAGCCCCUUGCCUAAUAGUGAUGAGCUGCUAACGGACUGCAGAGAAAAAGACCUCGGGCCCAGCUCUCCGCUCCCUAAAUACGCCUCCUCUCCUAAACCCAACAACAGCUACAUGUUCAAACGAGAGCCUCCUGAGGGCUGCGAGAGAGUCAAGGUCUUCACUGAGGAAACACAGUCCAAGCCUCCCCAGCAGGUCCCUUGUCCUCUCCUGAGGUCCAAGAUUCCCCAGCAGGUCCCUCAGUUCCUCACAGGUCCAGACAGGAACAAGGUCAACUUCAUCCCCAACAGUGGCUCUGCCUUCUGCCUCGUCAGCAUCCUCAAGCCCGUCCUCCCCACGACCACCCAGGAGCUCAGCCUGAAGAGCCCCGGGUCCGGGCCAAACCUUACCUUGUCCCCCUCAGCACACCUCUUACUGGGGCUUCCCUCAGCCUUUCUCCCCUGACCCUGGACCAACAGACCAGCUAGAGUCCCUACCAACAGACCAGCUAGAGUCCCUACCAAUUUACCAGCUAGAGUCCCUACCAACAGACCAGCUAGAGUCCACCAUAUCUACAGGCCCCAAACCAGCCCCACAAUAACCAGCAGACCACCAUAACUACAGGCCCAAACCAGCCCCACAAUAACCAUCAAACCACCAUAACUACAGGUCCCAAACCAGCCCCACAAUUACCAGCAGACCACCAUAACUACAGGCCCAAACCAGCCCCACAAUAACCAUCAAACCACCAUAACUACAGGCCCCAAACCAGCCCCACAAUAACCAUCAAACCACCAUAACUACAGGCCCCAAACCAGCCCCACAAUAACCAGCAGACCACCAUAACUACAGGCCCAAACCAGCCCCACAAUUACCAGCAGACCACCAUAACUACAGGCCCCAAACCAGCCCCACAAUAACCAUCAAACCACCAUAACUACAGGCCCCAAACCAGCCCCACAAUAACCAGCAGACCACCAUAACUACAGGCCCCAAACCAGCCCCACAAUAACCAGCAGACCACCAUAACUACAGGCCCCAAACCAGCCCCACAAUAACCAGCAGACCACCAUAACUACAGGCCCCAAACCAGCCCCACAAUAACCAGCAGACCACCAUAACUACAGGCCCCAAACCAGCCCCACAAUAACCAUCAGAUCACCAUAACUACAGGCCCCAAACCAGCCCCACAAUAACCAGCAGACCACCAUAACUACAGGCCCAAACCAGCCCCACAGCCAGUGGUUUGAAGUGAACUGGUCUCAACAACCGAGACUCUCAUUGAUCUCAGAGAUGAAUCUAAACCUAAAGACUCUGUUCCGUACCCCAUUCAUGUUUACCUGUGACAGUGGUAGUAUCCAUCUGCAUUUCCUGGAAAGAAAAUAAGUCGUCUGUAUUUUGUCAUAUUUUUCUGCAGUGGAGCUUUGUAUCAGAAAUGUAUUUUUAUGUAAUGCAUGUAAUAAACAAAACAAGGAUAUGA